AUGAGGGGAUUGCGACUUCCACGGCAGCAAGGAAAGCAGUCGAUGAGCAUCUUCAAUGUGUCGGGUCAUUGUCUUGCUGGGCUUGCUGAAAAUAAGCCACUUGGGCCAGUACUGCGAACAAACGGCCAGAUAAACGAGCUUGACUCUCGCUACUAUGCCGGAGGUUCUUCAUCAUUCUUCAAUGUCGGUAAUCUCGCUGCUGCUAUAGAAUCAUGCCACGACAUUAUGGGUGUUUCUCCUGUGUCCGAGGAGCACGUCAGGUGGGAUCCAACGCCGUUCGGAUGGUCUCCUCGACCAGAAGCUGCGCUUGUACUUGGUCGAAGUCGUGCCGUCAUUUAUCCAGAUCUUCUGCCCGGUGUGCAACCGGAUCUCUUCGAGUUCAAUCACCAGUUUUUCACUGCCGGAGAGGAUUUACUCUUGGCUCAUGCUUUGCAAGCGUUACGUGGUGUCUGUCACUUGCGAUUUCCCUUCCAACGACCGCUUGUUCGUUUCGACACCCUUCAAAUGUGGCCUGAGGAAGAAAGGCCUAUAUGGUAUAAUAAGUUCCUGAAACACUUUGUAACCAUUGGUCCUACAGUGGUUAUUCCUGCAGCCCACAUAAAUGAUGGUACUGUGUUGUGCCCUCCACCUGCAACAUUUUGUGAAGUUGCCGUGCAAGAGGAAAAAACGUCCAAUCAUCGAAAGGGGUCUGCGAGCAUCUCAGGAUCAUGUGUCUCUUACGAGGUUGACGUCAGCUUCUUUCGCGAAAACUGCCAUAUCGAAACAGGUGCUACCGCUCUCCCGAUUUCGUAUCUCAAGGAAACGGCACGCGCUGGUUUUUACUUUCCUUAUGAGUUUCAAGUGGCCGAGUCGAAGCAGCGACUAUCUGUUGCUAGCAACAUCUUUAUGAGUAGUGGCUGCGAUCAACUAGAAAGAGUGAAUGUGAAAGACGAAGGAAAUAUGUCACAUCGUACAGUAGCUGAUCUGAAGUCACCUGCAAAAAGUCGUUCUCCAGAAGGCUCAUCGUUGAAGGCGACCGAUCUUCCCCUUAAUAAUCCGAAUGACUUAGUUUCUGAUGAUACUGCAUCCCCAGGCGCAAUUUCACUAUUGCAAGCCUCCAAACCACGCGUCGUUGCCACUGAAUCGGAUACAGAAUUCAGCGUGUACGAGCCAGGCAAAGAGUUCGUCGUUUUGCCUCCAUCGCAACAGGAAGAGCUCCAAGUACCGAAGUCUGAGUUUUCUGUGGACAUGGAGCUGGAAGAGGGUGAGAUCAUCAGCCCGGACAAAUCACGUGGCUGUCGUACGAGCACUGAUCGCACACAUGCCGAAUCGUCUUCGAGUAGACGCGGAAAUUCGCACCCUCACGGUGCUCAUAUUAAACGGGCGAGGUCUCGAGCACGGUCAAGGUCUCCCUCACGAAAACGUAAACGGAAAGGCUCUGCAAGAAGAACAAGUUCUGCCAGUGGUGUGCGGCUCGCUAGGGAACGAGAGUCAACAAGAACGAGGAUUGAAUUUGCAAAAAAGUAUAAUCGCCGAAAUGAGACGAAUACCUCGGUAAGCAGAACAAAUGCACGCCGGCAGUCGCCAAGUUCUGAUCGCCGAAGAACUCUGCGCAAAACAAGCCAUAAGUCGGAGAAUUCUAUAGUUGGCACUGCAGCAGGCAAGUCUUCAAAGCGCGCUCCAUAUGAUGUAGAAACUAAGCAGUCAUGCAAAUCGAGUCGACGAGGAGCUGGCCGAAAGUCCGGUGGAAAGAGAGUUCUAGUUGAAGAAGACGAUUCAAACAAGAGGCGCGGUCAUUUGAAGGAUACUGCCAACGUUGUUUCAUCUACGUCCGAGAAACUGUCUAGUACCUCCGAAGUGUGUACAAUGACGGCCUCUGAUUCGAAGUCCGACAAGGUUUGCGACACCUUCGUUGAUCACGGUGAUGUAAUGGAAGAACUAAGAGUUGAAGUCGACGGUUAUGAGCCAUCUUCAACAAUAGCCAUGGAUAAAGACGAGGGGCUGUUGAUUGAUGUCUCCAGAACUGUGGAAGCUGGAGCCUCUCCUGUUGAAUCUUUGUCUUGUGCUUGGAAAGACAGUGAUUUCGAUUAUGAAGAUUACGGUAUUUGCACUCCACGACAGCAGGAUAUACCUGCAGCGGAAUUCAACUCGCCAUUCGUACCGAAGACACCUACGUUCAACACUCCAUCCGACUACUCUCCGCUUGGAACUGCUUACCAACUAAGUCGCUCGAGUCCUGGAUCUGAUUUGGGAGUGCCUGUUACGCCACGCGACGAUGCCCGAACAAGAAGUCCAACACUUUUGCGAGCUCCCUCGGCAGUUAGCAGAGCUCUGUUUGCAAAAGUCGAGAUCAAACGAGUUCCAACUGAUGCGAUCCGAAAGACUGAUCUGACUGGUAUGGCGUCGCAGGCAGAGUGCUGGAAAGAAGCUUGGGAUUGUACGAGUAACGAUCCUGGUCCUUUUGUCUACGAUUAUGUGAAUAUGAGGGCAUCUUCAGCAUUCGGCGUCGGAUCCAUAGCAAACGAUUACUCUGAAGACGCUCUUGGGUCGGAAAUGUACACUGCUGAGACCACGGAUGAGAUGGACGCUGCUGGAAAGACGAGGAUGAAACGUAGAACUCGCACUGAGAAGGAGAGGAUGGGCUUGGAGUGUAUGCAAAGUCCCCAUCAUCGGUUUCGGCAAAUGAAUAAUCUUGCUAGAAAGAUUGCAUUGGACGUCAAACAUCGGACGUUCAUGCACCAAGACAUAUGGCGUACUGUUGAACGAAUAGUUCUGGGCUCAGAGAACCUUGAGGCGCAGUUCGAUCGGCUUACGACUGUUCUCCUCCCAGACCACGCGGAUGUAUUGGUCUUAUUGUCUCUAUUGGCUGAUGAGGCUGUGUUGCCCCCAGAAUUACUCACUAGUUCUCUCCGCCGAGCAUAUCACGGCGCUAUCCAGAUGUUACUUGCCAUUGAGGCUUACUGUCAUGGCACUCGUUCCCGUAGCUCGAACACUCGAAGUCUCCUUAAAACAAUCGGCAGCAUGGGUCAAACCUUGAGCGAGUCGGAGUUCUGCGAUAGACUUGCGGACCUACUAGGCAAUGAACGACCAUUGUGGAAUUACAUCCGUCAAUGGCUUCCAUUGCCAUACGAUGAAAAAGUAGCUCCGGCCGACUUCGAAUUCAUCGACCUAUGCAAACGCUCCGAUUCGGAGUUGCUUGAAGACAAAGGUGCAGAAUGCAUUGAUGACCUGAGUGCUGUUCUUGGUACGCCACCUCCGAGGAAAGGUGGACCACUGCAGGUCACUGGUGGUCAACUGAAUUCCCUCCAGAAUGGCGUUUAUGUUCCUAUCAUGAUUUCUAAAGAGAAAAGUUCAGAAGAAGUUCCAGUUGCUGCCCAAACGGAAAACCAUGAACCUUCUUGGACACGAGAAACCGAUAUGAUGAUCUUGAAGACCUACAAUGAUGUGGAAGGCGGUGUCGAAGAUGUAAAAGCAUCAGGAUCAAAAUAG